UAUAAUAAUGGUUUUUUUUUGCUAUCUAUCUUACCUUAAUUUUUGUUUAUCCCUGUAAUAUAAUACAUUUUUUUAUCUAUAAUAUAGUUUCAUUUUUAUGUUAUUUGCUUUAAGUUAACUUAUAAUGACUCAAUAAUCACAAUUUCUUUAAAACUGAAACAAAAAAUAUUCAACAUUUUUUUGAGAUAAGGAUCUAUGAUGUAUAUCAUGAAAUAUGCACGAUCCUUACAUUUUUAUUGAAAAUUCUUUCUCUUUGGACUUGGACUUCAUAAAAUUUUCUGAUUAAUAUGAAUCAAUGAUUGAAUGUUUAUUAUGAGGCAAUAUAGUGUGGUUAUAUGGAUUUGCUAUCAAAUGGAUAUGGAUUUAUCAGAAAACGUUCAAAGACAUUAAAACAAUCUUUGUUUGAUUGGAUGCUUCAUAAAUUUAAUGCUUUAUUAACCAGAACAAUGAGUGAUAUACCAUCAAGCUCAAGACCUAGACGUCGCCCUACUUUCCAGUUAGAUGAAGAAUUAGAAACAAGUGAUGAUUCUAGUCAUGAAGAGUUGUAUGUUCUAGAUGAAGAUUCAAACAAUUCAAAUGAAAAUGUUCAAUAUUGUGAUAGUGAAAAUGAUGAAAUUGAUGAAUCUUCUUCACACUCUUGGAGAUCUACAGCAUCUUCAGAAAAAUCAAUAUCUGAGAAUUCUGAAUUAGAAAAAACAUCAAAAGUUCAAUCAUCUUUAAGUAACAAUGAAGAAAAAUCAACAGAUUCUUCAACAUCACCAAUACGCGUUAAGGUAUUUGUAAAACCACAUUCAUAUGGAAUUAAUGAACAGGUGAAUUCAAUUGUCAAUGAAUUGAUUAAUGAAGAGGAACAUGAAAAGAGAUUAAAAGAACUUCAAAAGGAGCUAGAAUUUAUUAAAUCUACCGAAUGGAUGUAUAGACCUAUUGAUUCAUCUAUUCUUUGAAAUGAAACUCAAAUUUUAUUUAAAAUUAGUAUGAUUACAGUUUGUUUGUACAUAUAAACGACCUAUUUUAUUUCACUAUUAAGGCUAUUUUUUGAAUAUAAAUAAUAUUGUGAUAAUGAUUAAAAACAAAAAUUAUUAGAUUUAACAUUUGUGUAAAUUGUAUAUAUUGCUAAACAUAUAAUAAUUGAAUAAUGUAUAUUUUUAUUUAGUUAAUUACAUGGUUA